AUGUAUACCCUCGUGCUUGCGACUCCCAUCCUUUUGGCACUGAGUGCCGGCACUCUCGCCAUGAACGCCACGAACGGCACAAACGCCCCGAACAACUCGACGACGAACCCCCCCGUUUCCAACAUGAACAUCGUCCUCUACAGCGGCCUGAACUGCAACUCCAACGGGACCGGCCUCAACACCACCAUGGCCCUGCCUUACGGCAACCAAACCAUACCCUACAUCAACAACGCGCUCAUGCCGGUCUUGUCCUACAGCCUCAGCCGAGCCACCACCCUUCGGGAACAGCUCGACUUCAGCGGGCCCACGGCGGGCAUGGGCGCCGUCAACGGCGAUCCGGAGCAGUGCACGUUGUUCCACGAAACGACGAGCCCGAAUUCGAAUGGGAACACGUUGAAUCCGAGCCAGUGUUAUGGUUUGCUCCUUGGACCGGCACAGUGCCUGAGACUUUCGCAACGCAAGUAG